GCAAAAGAAACUAGUGGGGCAAAAGAGAAAUAGACUGUCCCGUAGGAGCACGAAUGCAACUUGCGUCCAAAUUAAAUCCUUGGAUUGAUGACUAAUUAACGAUGAAAUUAGCAGCUUCUCGACAUCCCCAUCGCCAAGCGUCACUCACUGCUCCGUUUUUGCGCCUUCAAUUUUCUAUUCGUUUCGUUUGUGGGAGGAGACUUUUGCGCCUUCAUCCAUUUAUCCGUUCUCUCGUUUUCUUCUUUCUCCUCUUCUGUCCGACCUAAACAACUGACCAAUUCCCUCUGAGAAAGAAAGCAAUUGCCUAAUUUUCCUGGCUGCUGAGGAAAUCCUUGCUGUUCCGGCGACCUAAAGUCUCCUCCGAGGCGGCUGGGGUUUGGGGAUUUGUCAAUUUUCUUGAUUUCAGCCCUCUUGUUGGGGCUGCCGAGGCCGGAUUAUGAGAUGGGCUUCUUGUCGUGCCUGUUCCGGUGCCCCGAGGAGGAGGAGCGGGUGGUGAAGGAGCACGAUGACGACGAGGACUCCGGCGGAAUCGACCAUGGAGUGGCUUCAGAAAGUGCCCCACUGAAGACUGAAUCCGCACAUAUGGAAGGAAUCCAGAGAAAUGGCACACAUAAUGAGGCGACGAUCUUCACUUUGCGUGAGCUCGUUGAUGCCACCAAAAACUUCAGCAAGGAUUUUCAGUUGGGGCGAGGAGGAUUUGGUUGUGUGUAUAAAGCACAUCUGAAUGAUGGUCAGGUUGUUGCAGUCAAACAACUUGAUCUAAAUGGGCUUCAGGGGAACCGAGAAUUCCUUGUGGAGGUUCUCAUGCUCAACCUCUUGCAUCACCCUAACCUUGUCAAUUUGAUAGGGUACUGUGUUGACGGUGAUCAACGCUUGCUCGUUUAUGAAUAUAUGCCAUUGGGAUCACUAGAAGACCAUCUGCACGACCUUCCACCCAAUAAAGAACCUCUAGAUUGGACAACACGGAUGAAGAUAGCUGCGGGUGCAGCUGCUGGUUUGGAAUACCUACAUGAUAAGGCAAAUCCACCAGUUAUUUACCGAGAUAUUAAGCCAUCAAACAUUCUUCUUUCUGAAGGGUAUCAUGCGAAGUUGUCUGACUUUGGACUUGCUAAACUUGGUCCUGUGGGUGAUAAGACUCAUGUGACAACCCGUGUCAUGGGGACCUAUGGCUAUUGUGCUCCUGAGUACGCUGCGACUGGACAGCUAACGGUUAAGUCUGACAUCUAUAGUUUUGGUGUGGUGUUCCUCGAGCUAAUUACAGGACGAAGGGCACUCGAUAGCAAUCGGCCUCGUGAGGAACAGGACUUGGUCUCAUGGGCCCGUCCAUUGUUCAAAGACCAAAGGAAAUUUCCAAAGAUGGCUGAUCCUUUGCUGCGUGGCCGCUUUCCAAAGAGGGGUUUGUACCAGGCCUUGGCUAUUGCAGCGAUGUGUUUGCAGGAGAAGUCAAGGAAUCGCCCUCUGAUUAGGGAAGUUGCUGCCGCUCUCUCCUAUUUGUCAUCACAAACAUACGAUGGGAAUGACGCUGCUGUUCGUCGUUACCUUGAUGGCCCUUCGACAUCAAAAGUGUCAGACGAUCAGGUUAACCAAGAUGAUGCUUUGGCUAGUCAACAUGGAGCUCAAACAUGGAUGCAUGACCGUAUGAAUGACCUUGUUCCAGAAGGAAAAGAACAUUGCAGGAGUGGCUCCAAUCGUGGAGUACGAGGCAGGGUUGUUCCAAACGGUGUCGACCGAGACCGUGCACUUGCAGACGCGAAUGUCUGGGCCGAGGCUUGGAGACGCCACGAGAAGGCAAGCAAAGUGCGUGUAACCGAUGAAAUCCUCGGAUAGUGAGCUGAGCUCUGAUUGAGGCUUUGGCAUGCUGGCGAUUUUGCAGAGAGCGUUGUUAGGAGAGGAGGAAUAAUGCGCAGCGAGGUGUGUAGUACUGCACCACCAGAGUGAGCGCUCGCAAGGUUUCACCGGUGGAGCCUGUCACGUCCACCAUUGUUCGCUGCAUACAUUACACGGUCUGGAUUUCGCAUGUAGGUAUUGUUUCAGGGGCUCUGUAAAUAAAUGUAAUAACCCCCAUAAUUGAUGGAUCAGUGUGUACAACCCUUUUUUCAGUACAUUGUUGGCUUUGGAUGCAGCCAGAGUUGUGUCCAUGUAGAUGAAAUGGUAACGUCUUUCAGCA